AUGUCUUGGUGGAGGAUGCAAAAGAGCAGCAGGAGCAGUAGCAGUUGCAGCAGCAUGGGUCUCCUGAGUGUCCUGUGGCUGCUGAUGGUCUGUCUGGCUCCUGUGUGCCGGGGCCAGAGGUUGAAGGAGGCGGAGGGGGAGCAGCCAGCGGCUCAGCUGGAAGAGAGAGACGCUGUCUGCCACCAGGAAGGAUGCUACGCUGUCUUCCUCCAGAAGAGGACCUUCAGGGAGGCUGGGCGGAGCUGUCGGGAGCGAGGUGGGACCCUGGCAACCAUGCACACCCAGGAGGCAGCGAGCGUGGUCCACGAGCUGCUGUCGGCCAUCGAGAGCUCCAGGGCCCGGCUGCGUCUCUGGGUCGGGCUGCACCGACAGCCCCGGCAGUGUUCUUCCACUAGACCGCUCAGAGGAUUCGUCUGGGUCACAGGAGACCAGGACGGCCAGUUCACUAACUGGCUCCGAGAAGACGCCCCUGGGACUUGUGCGGCCCCCCGCUGUGUGGCCAUGACCGUGCACACUGCAGAGAGGGGGCGUGAGAGCAGCGACAAUUUCCGGUGGCUGGACGGCUCCUGCGCCCUACCGUUGGACGGAUACGUCUGCCAGUACAACUACAAAGGAAUGUGUCCACCCCUGGAGGAAGAGGGCAGUGGCCCAGCUGUUUACACCACCCCAUUUCACCUGGUCAGCUCACUGCUCACCCAUGUGCCCUAUGGGUCUGUGGCUUCUCUACCCUGCCCUGAAGACGUCUCAGACCCAGAUACUCGUGCUGAGCAGACGGUGCUGUGCAUGGAGAGAGACGACGAGACAGUGGGCUGGUCCAGGGAUACCCCACUUUGUGGGCCCGAUUCAAGUCAACAGAACCAGGACUGGUGCAGCGGAGAUCAUGGCUGUGAUCAGCACUGCCAGAACACAGACACGGACUACUACUGUUACUGCGAUGAGGGCUUCAUGCUGGACGAGGAUGGUUACGGCUGCAAGCCCGAUCCCCUGAGCUCAACUGACCUCCCCGAAUUAUCCGCUGACUCCGCCGGUCCCACUGACCAGCCCCAUAUCAAAGACAUUUGUUUUGAGAUGGGGUGUGAGUACAACUGUGUGGAGACGCAGCGGGGCCCUCGCUGCACAUGCCCCCCCGGCUACCAAAUGGCUUCAGAUGGCCGCAAGUGUUCUGAUGUAGACGAAUGUCUGCAACAACCGUGCCCGCAACUCUGUGUCAACAUCCCGGGCACCUUCCACUGCACCUGCCACUCCGGGUACCAGCAGGACGAUGAAGGCGAGUGUGUGGACACAGACGAGUGCCUAGAUGAGGGAAGCUGUGACGGCAUUUGUGAAAACACAGUGGGCUCGUUCAAGUGCCUGUGUGACCCCGGGUACGAGGUGGGAAGUGACGGAGAGUGUUUGGACAUAGAUGAGUGUGAGGGAGAGGCGCCCUGCCAACAGCAGUGUGUCAACUACAAGGGAGGGUACCAGUGUUACUGUUAUAUCGGCUUUACACAGAAUUCUGAUGGGCUUACCUGCCGGCCGUCGCCUGAAGAUGAAGAAUAUUCCACUCUGACCCCUGACCCCAUCGACUUCGCUCACAUACCUGCCUUGGACCCUGACCAUGAUACUCUCUGGUCCACCUCGUUCACUCCAGACCCAAACUUUGAAGCUGACACCAACUUUGAUGUUGAAUGGCUGACAGAAGCCCCUGAAGUGCUCACCCCUGACAUGGCACAUGGGUCAGACAAUCACCUUAACCAAUGGGAUGCCCAAUCACCUAAGCGGUAUCAGACAGCCCCCUCUCCAACGCAAAAAGCAAACACAGGCAAUGAAAUCGAUAAUGAGGCUGAAACCAAGAUACAAGGUAGAGAAGAUAGUCAUGGAGCUGCAAACGGGUCAGCCACUAGGGAGGGGUCAAAGGUUAACAGUGCAGAGGACGUCAGCGGCACAGCAGAGGCAGGGGAGGGGUCUGGGAAACGGAAGCAUGACAAGAGCUGGCUCCUGGUGGCCCUGCUGGUACCUCUGUGUGUGUUCCUUGUAGUAAUGCUGGCUCUGGGGAUCGUCUACUGCACCAGCUGUGCUGUGGACAAGAGCCUGAGCUUCUCAGACUGCUAUCGCUGGGUACUCCCUGCAACGCCCCCUGACAGAAGGGACGGCAAAACCCAAGCAUGAACCCUAAAUUAAACAACACACACACACACACACACACACACACACACACACACACACACACACACACACACACACACACACACUGAUAUGUGUUAAAGGCCCAGUUGUCUGUUAACAUUUCUCUUAUGGUGCUUCCAUUUGGAUAAAGUGCAGCUAACUGGUUCUGCAUUCAUCAUGUAAUAAUUUCUGUUGCUGACCCAUUGUAAAUAUUUCACUUUCUCAUCAUGUUUUUUUUUAGAAUUCAAUAAAACCA